GCCAAAUCUCCUUCUGGUAACCAACAACAAACGCGCAGUAUUCGCUUCCCACUGAUUUUCACAGCGAGCCACGUCUCAAACUGAGGUUCCCCAAUAAACCGAAAUCAUCCCAAAACAAUCUCAAUACAGUCUCAAAGAUAAAAUCGAACGCACUAGGGGUAACCUUUCGAUCGAUUUAUCAGCAUCAUUCAUACAUUCCACGCUCUGUUGCUCACUUGGUUUGCGAGUUUUUCCCAACUAUUAAAGCUGACUAUUUCGGCCCAAUGUUCGAGAUUCAACAUCGUGCACAUUGAUCGAGGUCGCUUUGAGCUGAAAGUUUCUGGUCUGCUCGUUAAAGGGCGAUGCUGUUGUUUUGUAUCUUAAGCAGGUGGGAGGUUUUCAGGCGUGGGACCGUGCCAAACCGCCCACCAAGCAUCCCCGGCAUCCACACAGGGUCACAAUUAAUGAGUAAACCAUCAGUGCAAUGGAAUUCAUUAUUUGAAGGAGGCUUUCCGGGAAUGUUGGACACAGAAGCCGCAUACACGCCGCGUGAAAGAGUUACCGGUCAGUCGAAAGCAACAAGGUAAGUUUACGAGAGAACUUGUCGAACUACCAAAUGCUAAUUCAGCGCCAAAGAAAGUCUGGUCCCCAGCGCGGCCAUGGGAUCCCCGGAGGGAGGCGAGAUCGCAGUGUGGGUUUGCCAGGAGGAGAAGCUGGUGUGCGGUCUGACCAAGCGCACCAGCUGCGCUCUGGUGGUGAAAGCGCUGCUGGAGGACCACCUCGCCAACGCCGGCGCCACUAGGCUGCUCCACGCACCUGCCAAGGACUACUGCAUCGUGGAGAAGUGGAGGGGCUUCGAGAGGCUCUUGCCCCCUGCAACCAAGUUGCUGAGGCUCUGGGCGUCCUGGGGAGAGGAGCAGCCCAAUGUCCACUUCGUCCUGGUCAAGGUGGGCGCUUCCAUGGCCGUGCCAGGUCUGAGGAGCGCCGAAGCCAAGGUGAUCCAGAACAUUGGAGGCCAGGGGGAUCUGAGUCCCGCCCAGUACAUCCACACUCUGCCGGCGGACAAGCAGAAGAGGAUGGUCCGCAAAGCUUUUAGGAAACUGGCCAAGAUGAAAAAGCUGAAGCAAGGCCGGGAAGGGGUUGAGACCUUAGUGCAUCUGAUCGCAUCCCAGGACCACACCAUCCGCCAGCAGCUGCAGAGGAUGCUGCAACUGGACGCCGAGAUCGAGGGCUACGAGUCCUGGACGCACUUGGAACGGAUACAGACAGAAGGGGAGAACUAUGUCCAGGAAACGUACCUGCUGGAGAGCAGGGAGAGCGAGGGCGAGAGGGCACAGGUCCGGGAGUACCUCAACAAGAGGGACUCGACCUUCCAGCUGCAGCAACAGAUUCAGCAACACGAGGAAGCCAUCGAGGAACUGUCCGCCGAGAUCCAGCUGGAGAUGGCGAGGCUGUGCGGGGCCGAGCCGCUGGUGCAAGGUGGCCCCGGCUCCCCGGGCAGCGAGGCCGAGAGGGUGGAGAGCGAAUUGGAGACGGUCAUGGGCAUCGCCCUUCAACUGCGCAGAAACGUGGCGGAGGCGCAGGAGAACGUGCAACGCGAGGAGCUGGUGCUGGGCGAGAAGGCGGCCGAGUGCGAUCGCCUGGUGAAGCAGUUGCAGUCCCUGCAUCUUGCGGAGGAGGCGGAGAGUGGUGCCUCGCUGCCCGCGCCCUGCAAGGAUGACACCAAACCCGGUUCCCCCCGAACGAGUCAACCCAAGGGCUGCUCCCCCUCUGACACCAACGACACGGACUCGGACACGGGGAUAAGUUCCACGCACAGCCAAGACUCGGAACCUCCUUGCGUCGAGGUUGUUCCCGCAUUGAGAGAUGACAUUGAGUGAUCCUGCUCGCUUCUUAGCGAAGGGCUUCUUUGCUUUUGUGUGAGAAUGCGACGUUUAAGAACGAGGACAUAUGGUCCGAGGUUUGGUGUGAAUGUGAAUGUGAAUGCGAAGAAAUACUGAGAACGUGUAACUGGAUCUCACCGUAUCAUCAUCUCGUUAUUUAUCCCUUUCUCCAUCUGCAAGAAACCUGAACAUCCUUUUGGAGAUAAGGGAUCAGGCAGGUGUGUCACUGGCGAGUCUGUCUGUGUGGGUUCUAACAUAACAGGUCCACAGACUAGGAGCUGUCUGUGUCUACUUAUUUUUAAGCGGUACUUACCCCCUCCUCAUCAGUAUGUAGGAAGAAACUGCAGAUGGUGGAGUAACACAGCGGGGUCAGGCAGGUCAGGCUCUGGAGGGAAGGAAUAGGUGGAGUUUCGGGUUGAGACCCUUCUUCAGACUGAGAGACAGGGUUGUAAGGUCUUAAUACUAAAUGACUCAAGGGACCAAAUACCGAGCCCUACUGCCUGGGUAUAAAACUCACACAUGAAUGGCGCAGCUGGUAGAGCUGCUGCCUCACAGUACCAGAGACCGGGGUUCGAUCCUGACCUCGGGUGCUGUCUGUGUGGAGUUUGCACGUUCUCCCUGUGACUGCGUAGGUUUCCUCCCGCAUCGCUUUUAGAAAUGCAGGGUUGCAGGUUAAUCGACUUCUGUAAAUGUUCAGGGCAUGGACGAGAAAGUGAAAUAACAUAGAACUAGUGUGAAUAAGGUGAUCGGUGGGUCGAAAGGCCUGUUUCCAUGCUGUGCCUUUCAAUCAGAUUAGACAAACGAUCAAGUCGUGCAUUACACAAAAAGGAGUCUGCUUUUGAAAAAGCAUAAAAAUAUUUAAGUUGUAAGAGUAGCACGCUACCCAAAUAAGUAGACGAUAAAACUGUAGUAACGUUGUUUUUACUGGGAACUUUAUAAAAUGUAUAAAAGCGUGAAAGCACUAGGGAUCCGUCCAGUCCGUUACAUGUGUAAGACUGAAAUAUGAUUGCGCAAAGAUAGUACGACAGUGAUCGCAACUUCUACUGAAAUGUGGAUGGCCAUUGGCUCGCUAGGAGCUCAUCCGCCCUUUGUCAGGUCUUAUCUUUGGACCUGCUGGGGGUCCACAGCCCCCUCCUCACCUGGCAAACCAGGUGGGGGAGACGGUUUAGUCGCCGACUAUCCGACCAUGGAGCAGGUAGCACGGGAUUACAUGGUACCUGUGGUGGUGGGAACUCCCCCUGACCUGACCUAAAAAGCACCUUAAAGUAAUGUGUAAAUGGUUAACACUGCAGACCAAGUAGUCUGUGUUACUUUACAACGAUGUACGCAAAAAAAACAAAACAUUAUUGCAGCCCGUCUAAAUAUACAGCAUAUUUCUAUGCCCUGAUUUGGGCUAUAGGCAUGAAGAGAGGUUCAUGAGAAUGCACUGAUGAAGUAAUUUAGAUAUGAUGUGCUAUGAACUGAAACGGACUAUAGGGAAUUUUAUAGCUACAGAAUUCAGACAUGUUGUUGGUAAUAUGCUAACAAUGAAUAACAAAGUCGUAAGACUUAUAAUGAACUAUUAACAAGGACGGACAUUUAAAAAAGUGAGAACUAGUUGAUUUUCUUGCACUUGUAUCUAGGCUCCAAUAUCAUGUAUAUGAGUAUAUGACUUUCUGGAGUAAAAACCAUAUAAUGCUGAAAAGUUUCUCUUUGAAGCUAUAUUUAUAUGCAGAAUAAGACUGUAGAACUAUUUAUAACACAUCAAUAAAAGAUUACUGAUUUGAAAA